UAUCAUUAGAAGAAGAAGAAACAGCAGAAGAAGCUGUCAGUUUUGACUUCACAACUUCUCUGUCAAUGGCGUGUUCGGAGCAACUUAGCUACCCUUACUUACACGUGUAGUCGAGUCUGCAGCUGUGUUUUGAAGCCGUUUCUACAAUGGCCGUAGUACGGACGUUUUUAAAACUGUUCAUGUUCGCAGUCAGCGUCGCCCUGGCUGUUCUUCUGCUUCGGCACUGGAUGGCCAGCAAGCAGUAUGUUUUUAACAAAGAAGACAUCGCCAAAUUGGCCAAACAGUAUGCGGGACAGGACCAUGAGCAGGCCUUUUUGAAAGUGGUGGUGGAGCUAAGGAAAAGAUACCCUGGCCACAUCCUACCAGAUGAGGACCUGCAGUGGGUGUUUGUGAAUGCUGGGGGCUGGAUGGGCUCCAUGUGUCUUCUUCAUGCCUCUCUCACAGAGUACCUUCUGCUUUUUGGUACUGCAGUUGACACAGGAGGGCACUCAGGUCGUUACUGGGCUGAGAUUUCUGACACUAUCAUAUCUGGAACUUUCAGACAGUGGAAAGAGGGUACAACUAAGAGUGAAAUAUACUACCCUGGUGACACAAUAGUUCAUGGUGUAGGUGAAGCCACUUCCGUGCAGUGGAGCGCUGGAACUUGGAUGGUGGAGUACGGCCGAGGUUUCAUACCCUCCACGCUUGGAUUUGCCCUCGCUGACACCUUGUUCAGCACCCAGGACUUCCUCACAAUGUUCUAUACCAUAAAUGUCUAUGUUAAAGGCAUGCUGCUUGAGGCUGGUACACUUCUUACAGAAGUUGGUGUUUUCUGAGUCACAGCUGAAGCACGGAUGCCCACACAGGGAAAGUGACAUUAAAAGUUCACCUUACAUCACACGACAAUUUUAUUUAGCACAGAGGGAAAGUCUGUACUGGAUCAUACCAUGUAGAUGCCGUCUAUAUUUAAAUUCUUGCAAUCAAGAAGGCUGUUGAUGGGGUUAUAGGCUAAAUUGACUUAGCUGUACUACUCAAAAAUCCAUCACACCCAAAACCCUUUUUCUCUAAUUUGAGUCAUGGCCUGUUUAAUUAUAUAGAUAUUGUGUUCUCAUUGAUAAACAAUAAGAAUUACUUUGAAUGCUCCUCCUGACUAAGUCAUUGAGGCCUUCUGCACUCUA